AUGCUUCCAAGCAGAGCAAUCAUUCGCUCCCUUCCCUCUGCGGGAGCCCAAGGGCAGAAGCUGAGUGCUGCUAUCCCGAGGACAGCACUUGGCAACGGGCGACGAUACGGAACGGUCUCCCAAACACUGGGAAGGAGCAUCGGUGGCGGCAGCGGCAGCGGCAGCAGCAGCAGGAUUGGACUAAACCUUUACCCGAGGAUGUCGAGGCCUGCCAUGGCCGUCGGUAUGGGAACCGUGGCGUCGACAAGAAACCUCUCGCUUCCCAGCUUCUGGUCCUCCAAGAAACCCGUCCAAGAGGAAGCCGCCGCGGCUGCCAACUCCACCGCCGCUCCAGGGCAGCAAGCCACGACGACUACGACACCAUCACCUGUCGCCGAAAGCGCCCCCGUCGAAGCCGUGACUGCGACCCCGCCCAUCGAUAUCGCUGCUUCUUCUGCUGCCGCCACGCCCGGGCCAGAGCAGCUGUCCGUCAUAGGCGACCUGGUCAACAGCAGCGGGAGCGAGAUCCUCAGCCGAGCCGAGGACAUAGGCUACCUGGCGUCGCUGGGUUUGGACUACGGCUUCGGCCCCACGUCCGCGAUGCAGUGGGUGCUCGAGCACGUCCACGUGUGGGGUGGCGUGGGCUGGGCGGGAGCCAUCGUCUCGACGGCCAUGAUCCUCCGCGUGGCCAUGUUCUACCCCACCGUCAAGUCGACGCGCUUCAGCGCCGACAUGAAGCGUAUGCAGGAGGACCCACGCUUCCCGCAGACGACCGAGAUGCUCAAGCUAGCCAUCCGCGACGGCGACCGCACCGCACAGGCACAGGCACAGGCCCUCAACGGCAUCCUGCGCAAGGAGUACGACGUCCCCAUGAGGAGGAUGCUAUGGAGCUUCCUGCCCAUCCCCUUCAGCUACGGUCUCUUCCGCAUCGUCACUGGCAUGACGCACAUACCCGUGCCCUCGCUCGAGACCGGCGGCUGGCUCUGGUUCACCGACCUUACCGUCGCUGACCCUUACAUGGUUCUGCCCGCCAUGGCUACCGUUCUCAUGGUUGCCGCCAUUGACAUCAACGCUGCCAACUCCCCCAAGUCGCAGCAGGGCAUGGUCAAGAUGAUGAAAUACAUACUCGUCCCCGUCAUGCUCUUCGGAACCUCUUUCCUCUCCGCCGCCGUAAAUCUGAUGGGUGUGUCGUUUGGUUUUGCCACCCUCAUCAACACCGUCAUCCUCAACAACAACGCUGUCCGCCGUUCCCUCGGCAUCCCCGAGCUUCACCGUGCCCAGAAGCUCCCUGCAUCCAUCCCCACCACUGCCCUCGCCGGCUCGGCCGGCUCUGCCACCUCCGCCCAGAAGCUCAUCUAUGAGCCCCCCCGUCCCCAGCAAGCCAUCAGCCUCCGCGAACAGUUUUCCCGUCAGCUCGACGACGCCAGGAAGGCUGCUACCGAGAAGAUGAGCAACUUGACCGGUCAGGCUGGCGUUUCCGCCCAGGACAAGGCCGAGAAGAAGCGCAAGGAGCAGCUCCGUAACCUCGAAGCUAAGCGUAGGGCUCAGGAGCGUGAACACUUUGAAUCCAAGUACAAGGGCAAGAGGUGA